GGUGAAGCACACGGGCAGAGGGGUCGUCCUUACUCACUCGUUCUCACUUACUCACUCUCGCUCUUACUCACGAACGAUGAAGCACCUGCCCAGCUUCUAUACUGUACAGCGCGGGUUCACUUAUCUCCUGGUGUCGACGAUAGCGCUGUGUGUACUUUACAGUGCGUAUAUAACACUGGAGGAAUUGAGUAACACGCAGCCAAGCAAGAAUGAAAGGAGCAGAGAACAAGAAGCAAUAAAGAUGAGAACAAUGGCAAGAACAAACUUGCACGAAGGACACAGUGAAUUAUUAGAAGAACAGCCAGUGGAAGCAGAGCAAAAUAUCUCAGAAAAUUCCCAGAUUCCUAAAAAUUCCAAAAUUCCCGAAAUUCCCAAAUUCCAAAUUCCCGAAGAUUCCAAAGUUCCCGAAAAUAUGAACAUUCUGGAAAAAGUUCAGGAAAAGCUCCCAAAUCCCGAAAAUCCUGAAAUUCCCGAACAGAUUCCUAGAAAUCCGAAAUUCAGAAAAUCCCCCCAAAUCCCAACCCCCAAAUCCCCCAAAUUCCCAACCCCCAGAAAAAAUCCCAAAAUCUCCCCCACCCCCAGCCACCCCCAAAUUCCCGAAUAUUCCCCCACACUCCAAAAUUCCCGAGAAGUCCCACUCGCGCCCGGAGAUUCCCACUUACCUUACGAGGACGAGAACGCGCCCAAAUUCCCGAAAUUCCCAAAGGAACUCUGGAAGGAACCGGUGGGAAUACCGGAGGAGGAGGGGGAGGGGGAGGGGUACACUGGGCCGCCCCUGAAGAAAAUCCUCUUCUGGAACGAUGCUUACGGAAAUAAACACUACGGUUUUGGAUACGGCAGAGAGCCGUUCAUCCGGGCCGGCUGCCGUAUUAAUACGUGUACGACAACGGCAGUUCGGGCUAAAUAUCCCUUAAAGAAAUUGGAUGCUGUUAUCUGGCAUUUUAGAUCCAACGACAAGAGCCUGCCAGCUGAGAGGUCGCCUCACACCCGAUAUAUUUUCUGGAUGAUGGAAUCCGCAUCGUACCUCUUCGGUGAUAUAAAUCGGUAUAAUAACGUCUUUAAUUGGACUUUUACGUACCGGCUCGAUUCCGACAUUCCGAAUCCAUACGGUCGUGUAUAUCGCCUCAGGGAACCCCAUCCUCUAUCAGAUUACAAUUAUGCGGAGAAUAAGACGAAAUUAGUCGCUUGGUUUGUCUCCAACUGCAAGACACAGAGUGGACGAGAGAACGUCGUGCGAGAACUGAAGAAGUGGAUACAAGUGGAUAUAUACGGCAGAUGCGGCCCACUUAAGUGCCCAAAGUCUGCAGAAUGUACUCAGAUGCUGAACACUACUUACAAGUUCUAUCUGUCUUUCGAGAACUCACUCUGCCAGGAUUAUGCCACGGAGAAGUUCUUCGGGACAUUGAAGCUAAACGUCAUCCCAGUGGUCUAUGGUCUAGGGAACUACAGCAUCCAAGCCCCCCCACACUCCUACAUCGAUGCUCUGUCCUUCCCGAGUGUCAAAAAGCUGGCAGAAUAUUUGCACUACCUCGACGGGAAUGACACGGCCUAUAAUGAAUAUUUCCGAUGGAAGAACUACCACCACUUCCCCAUGAACUUCGCCAAAUUCUCACGUCCGUUUUGCGAAAUUUGCGAACGUCUUCACACAGACAACCGGACGAGUGUGUAUAAUCUUCGACAUUGGUUCGUCGAGAAGUCCCACUGCAUGAGGGGCUCCUCGACGAGAAUCCAGGACUUCGUGAGAGGGAGUUAACUGUGGGUUCGAGAUGGCUGAGAUUCCAUUCAUUUUCUUAGCGAGACAAAGGCGGCAAUUUGCGAAAAAGAAGAAGAAGCAAAAGAAAAGAAGAAAGAUAGAAGAAAAGGAAG